CCUCGCUCAAAUCUCAGGAGAUAUGGGCCGUGCUCGGCGCAUAGCAAGCAGAACCCAAAAGAGAGUAGAGGACCGGGCUUUUGACUGGACCGGUGCUUUUCAUGCGGGUGUCGCUAUUCCCGAUAUGGAUUAGCGCUAUCAUCGGGUACCUUGCAGCGUCAAAAGCCCCAGAUGUGCAUCAUCCGCCGCCAAUCGCUGGAACAAGAGUAGGAUCCUCUGCAGUCGCCCCACCGGCUUGGCCAUCUGACGAACCAUCGAACGCCGUUUCAGGUGGCUUCCAAACGCUGAUUCGCCCAUUUAUCCGAGCCUCUUUCUUCCCCUUCUUAUUCUUCUUCUUCCUUCCCUUCCCCGGGCUCAGUGUUUAAACGUAG